AUGGAAGGAAAAUGUAUUCUACAUGGUUUAAAUAGAUACAAAACAAUAUGUGAAAUAGGUGAGGGCGCAUUUGGGGUCGUUUUUAAGUGUAAGGAUCUCAUUACAAAUGAAAUCGUUGCGCUUAAGGAGUUUAAAGCAGUCUAUUCGGAUGAAAAUGAAAACUCAUGUGUAAUGAAGAACUCAACAUAUCUGAAGGAAAAAAUAGAUAUCACUCAUAAUAAAAUUCUAAGAGAAAUUGCAACACUUAGGAGGUUAUACGGCCAGAAAAACAUUAUUCAAUUAAAAGACUUUUUUUUGCAUGAAAACCGAUAUUAUUUGUCAUUGGAAUAUUUUCCCCAAACACUUUUGCAAUAUCUGGAAAAAAGCCCCAAAGGAUUGCCUUUAGAAAUAAUUAAAUCAUGUAUUUACCAACUAUUGACAGCAUUGAAAAAGUGCCACUCUAUGGGAAUUAUUCACCGUGAUGUCAAACCCGAAAAUAUUUUAAUUAAAGAGGGUGAUAAAAACACGAAUUUGGAACUUAAGCUUUGUGACUUUGGAUUUGCGAGGUUUAUUCAACAAAAUAAAAGUUAUUCAAAUCAAUAUAAAGAUAGUUUAUCAAAAUCAACAGAUAAUUUAUACGUGGCUAACCGUCCACUUACAAGUUACGUUUCCACAAGGUGGUAUAGAGCUCCAGAAUUGCUCGUGAAAAGUGCAGAAUACGGACCAGGAAUAGAUGUCUGGGCAGUUGGUUGUAUAAUGGCAGAACUGAUUGAUGGAGAUCCCCUUUUUCCUGGAACAAGUGACAUUGAUCAGCUCUAUUUAAUAAGGAAUACAAUAGGGAAAUUAGACAAUAAAAAUCAAGGAAUUCUUGAAUCAGACAAAAAGCUCUACGAUGCAUAUAAAAAACAUUUUUAUAAUGGUUUUGUAUCUGGGUCAAAUUCAAGAUAUAAUACUGAUUCAAACAGAUCAAGUGGGGUAAUCCCCCCAUAUCAAAUAAUAUCAAUUAAAGAACGUUAUAAAAAGAAAAUUGAUUUAAUCACACUCGACUUUUUGGAAAAAUCCCUAACAAUUGAUCCAAAGAAGCGGCCGGAUUGUCAAGAAUUAAUGCUUCAUCCGUUUUUUUCAUCAAUAAACAGGGCUGAAAGAUUGACUAAUCAGGAAAAAGAGUACGUUGCAUCUUUACUGUUAAAUAAAACGAAUACAUCAAAAUCGUUCUCAUUGCCCAUUUUUGUGGGGUCUUUUUCUUAUAAUUCGGUUACAAAAAGAGAAAAAAAUGGUCAUAAAAACGAAAUAAACGCUAGUACAAAUAACUUCCCAAAUAAUGUUGAUAAAUCCUGUACAGAGCAAAAGUUUACUUUAAGUGAUGACAAAACCACUGCCCCUUCAACUCCAGAUGAGAAAUCUACUUCUAUAUCACACGGCGGCAUAUUCUGUAACUCAAAAAUUUGGUAUGAAAAAAUUUCACUCCCUAAACUCCCACAUAUUAUGCCACCUCCCCCACCUAAAAAUAUAAACAAUUUGAAAAAUGGGUCAAGUAGUGGGAUAACGGAGAGCAUCAAGCAAUAG